AUGUGGAGAGACAAUUUUCAGUGUAAUGGGAAUGAGUCACGCUUGGGGGAGUGUGCUGUUUCUUGGGACAAAGCAUCUUGUGAUCACAGUAAUGAUGCCAGUAUCAUCUGCUCAGAGGCUGACUGGCAGUUUCAGCUGAAAGGUGGAGAAAGCCGCUGUGAGGGCACCCUGCAGGUGUUGCUAAAUGGCACCUGGAGGCGGAUUUUGGAUCCUGAGUGGGAUUUGCAGGAUGCCAGUGUGGUUUGUGCUCAGCUAAACUGCGGUCAGGCAUUGAAAGUACAGAACAUCUCCAGAUACAUUUCAGGAAGUGGCCCAGUCAUAUUAACUGACAUUAAUUGUGCUGGAGAUGAAUUAUCCUUACAGAACUGCUCUAUUUCAGUUAUAUCUGAACAGUUCAACAUCAGCGGUGGUGUGGGAAUUCUCUGUUCAGAACACAAGAAAGUCAGGCUGGCAGAUCACAGCAGCCAGUGUGCAGGAAGAGUAGAAGUUUACUACAACGCCACCUGGGGGUCAGUAAGCAGUAAUUCCUGGGACCUGACUGAUGCACAGGUUGUGUGUAGACAACUGGGAUGUGGCACUGCAGUUCGCACAGCUGUCCCUGCAGAAUUUGGGAAAAGAUCUGAACCAGUGUGGCUGGAUGAAGUAAACUGCAGAGGAGAUGAGUUGGCCUUAUGGAAGUGCCCUUCAAUUGGCUGGCAAGAAAACAACUAUCAGCACAAAGAAGAUGCUGGUGUUGUGUGUUCAGAAUUUAAGGAUAUUCGCCUUGUUAGUGCUGAGUAUGUCUGUGCUGGGAAACUAGAAAUCUUCUAUAACGGGACAUGGGGAGAUGUUUGCUCUAACAGAAUGGAUUCAACCACCGUCAGCAUUAUCUGCAAGCAACUAGGAUGUGGAGACAGCGGUUUACUGGAGGAGGGUAAAUACGAUGAAGCAAGUAACAAAGUAAAAUGGCUGGAUGGAGUGACCUGUUAUGGACAUGAACGUGUCUUAUGGCAGUGCUCCUCACUUCCAUGGGGAGAAAAUAGGUGCCAAAAUGGUGAUGAGGCAAGGAUCCGAUGUUCAGCUGCUACUGAAAGAACUCCCACUACAGCUUCACCAGAAAGAUCCUCCAUGACAGAAUCAGCACAAUUUGAAACUUGCACAGGUGAUCAGAAUAAAUGGCUGCUCCCCUUUGGAGUGACUUGCCUGAUUUUAGGUGUAUGUUUAUGUGCCGUGUCCUCUGCCCUGUUCAUCAAAGUACGUGCCAAUGCCAAGAAACAAGAAUAUGGCAAAAACUAUGAGGCUGUGUAUGAAGAAAUAGAGCAGAAGGCAAAUGUUAACUUGGAUGAAAAGUUUGAUUCCUUAAUUCCCAAAAUUAAAGGUUGUGGUAAAACAUUCAAAGAUGGGAGAAAAUCAACUAUCCUAAAUCAAUAUGAAAAUCAAGAUGCACAGAAAUAUCAAACUGUGAACGAAGCUGAAUAUAAUGACAUUGAAGAAGAAAUCGAAAUGAACACAAAGAUUUCCUUUGAUGAAGUUUCAACAGAGUAUAAAAAUUUUGGAAUACCUGAGAAAAAGAUGACAAAGGAGCAACCAGAUUUGGACACAAACUAUGAUGACACUGAAACACAGGACUAUGUCAAUGAUAAAGAAGAGAAUGAAGAGAUGGCUACAGCGGGGUAUGAUGACGUGGAGCUCCUUGACUCUCCGAGUUCAGAGGAGCAGCUAAAGCUGAAGAUAUUUUAUGAUGAUGUUGAUGUAGAAGACUACGCCAAUAAGGAAUAGAUCAACGGUGACUGAAGGAGA